UAUCUUUUUUUAUUUUUUAUUUUUAAUAUUAAAAAAAAGUAGAUACCUUCUCUGCAACUCUUUUUUUCUUAGUUACAUAUUUAUCCCCGAAUAAUUUUCUCCAUUCUGAAUGCUUUCAAGGGUAUUUCGGUUAUUUCGAUCAUUGUACGGCGGCAGAUAGUGAGGAAGAAGGAAGAAGGUCGUGUAUGGAAUUACAAUUUUACCUUGGACUGUAAACAGUGUGGAUAAAAAUCAAGGGUAGUAUUGCCUAGGUGACAAAAGGGACAUUUUCGUCAUUUCAGAAUUAUAAAGAGAGAGAGAGAGAGGGGAGGAGAGAGACAGAGAUAGAGGAAGAGAGAGAGAGAGAGAGAGAGAGAGAGAGAGAGAGAGAGAGAGAGCAGGAGAGUGAGAGAAGAAAGAAGAGAGAUAGACCGUUUGGUUCGUUUUUUCUGUUACUAUAUGUAAUUGAAAAACCAUGGUGUCCGACCAAGAAUUAGCGAAAGGGGUUGAAACUUUGCUCCGUGAACCAAACUCAUUCACCUCCGUAAACGGCGUCGUUGAACAACUUGAAGCGAAGCUAGGGUUAGACCUCUCCCACAAGGCUUUGUUCAUCCGGGAGCAGAUCAGCCUCCUCCUCCGGUCCCAUCCUCAGCCCCCACGACAAUAUAACCAGCUACCAAAGGACCAUUUUGCCCUCCAUUCUCACCCACAAUCCCAACAACAAUUCACCGCUCCUCUCCACCCCCAACAAUUCCCUCCCCAUUUUGCCCUUCACCCUUACCACCACCGACCAACCGAGGCUCACACUUUCCAGGCUCAGGCUCAGGCUCAGGCUCAGGCUCAGGCUCAGACGCCCUCGGCGCCGCAACCACAUCCGCAAUACCAUCAGCAGCAAGUGCAAACUCACACGCACCACCCUCACCCUCCCCCUCCUCUUAAGACCGAGAUUAAGACCGAAGAAAGUCCUCCUGUUGGUGCCAAAAGAAGAGGUGGGCCAGGGGGUCUGAACAAAGUUUGUGGUGUCUCACCUGAGCUUCAAGCUGUUGUUGGUGAACCAAAAAUGCCGAGGACUGAGAUUGUGAAACAGCUUUGGGCAUACAUAAGGAAGAACAAUCUCCAGGAUCCAAGUAACAAGAGGAAAAUAAUUUGUGACGACGCAUUGCGAGUGGUGUUUGAGACAGACUGCACUGAUAUGUUCAAAAUGAAUAAGCUGCUAGCUAAACACAUUAUUGCCUUGGAGCCUACCAAAGCGUCCAGCCAAUCUAAAAGAGCAAAGGUAGAGGUUGAACCUAAAGCUGAAAGUACUGACUCUGGUUCGGCAUGUGUAAUAAUUUCUGAAGCACUUGCUAAGUUUUUGGACACUGGAGGCAGGGAGAUGCUUCGUACUGACGCUUUAAAUCGUGUUUGGGAGUACAUAAAGACUAACCAGUUGGAGGAUCCUUUAAAUUCCAUGGCGAUAUUAUGUGACUCAAAGCUUCGUGAUCUUCUUGGAUGUGAAAGCAUUUCAGCACUCGGUAUUUCAGAGAUGCUAGAUCGACACCAUCUAUUUCAACGUUCAUGAUGUCAGAUAACAGUUGACAGGGACAAGGGAUCUUUGCCAUAUGGUCUCUUCUGAUGGUAGAAAAGAUUAGGAAAGAAAUUUCUUUUUCUCUUUUGUUUUAACUUAGACUUUUUGGGGUUGCAUUGACAUGGUAGCUGAUAUGUUGUUUUUUUUUUACAUUACUUAUGUUUAGAACCAAGGGUUAAUGGCAAGGACUUUGUCUGAAUUAUGCCAUAACCAUGUUGCUCUAGGUUUUCUAGUUCACUCCGACGAGGUUCUCGCUUUCUAAUGCCUAACCUCAAAACUGUGACAGAUCGAUAAUUUACCCUGUACAGACCGGAAGGAUCAUUCUGUGUAUGUAUGUUGUUUGAUGGCAAAAGCUGUUGGCUUUAACUGCAACUUCUUGUAUCUUUGUUAAAUGGCAACAACCAAUGCUUUUUAGCGGCGUCUUUGCUUUAUUUGAUGUUGGAAAUUGGAAUGUUUAGGUUGUUUUUGACUGAUUGUAAAACAUGUAGAUUAGAUUAGACUAUAUUUCAGAUUAUAGACAUGUUUUUCCUAGUAAUGGACGUUAAUGUUAUUGUUACCUAUCGUCAUGGUUGAAUCAAGCUCAAGACAAUUUACUACAAUUAUUAUUGUAAAACAAUGUGUUCAUACUGA